AUGGACAGCUCCACCUUCGGAUGGAGACAAGAGAGAGGGGGAGAGAGAGAGCUUGCCACGGUGCGGACCAUCUGUAGUCACGUGAUGAACAUGAUGAAGGGGGUGACGCUGGGAUUCCGGUACAAGAUGCGCUCGGUGUAUGCCCACUUCCCUAUCAAUGUGGCGGUCCAAGAUACUGGCAAGCUGGUGGAGAUCCGCAACUUCCUGGGCGAGAAGUUCACGCGGCGCGUGCAGACGAGGCCCGGGGUGACAUGUGCCCUCUCCACCAACCAGAAGAGUGAGCUCAUUCUUGAAGGGAAUGACAUUGAACUCGUCUCAAAUUCUGCUGCCCUCAUUAUGCAGGCCGCCACUGUUUAAAACAAGGACAUCGGCAAGUUCCUCGAUGGCAUCUACGUGAGCAAGAAGGCCACAGUCCAGGAACCCGAGAGCUAG